AUGGCCGUCCCAGAUGUCGAGGAGCUCUCGCAGGAGAUUAUGCGCACGUUCUACAAACGGUUAUACCCCUUCAAAGCCAUCUUCAACUGGCUGAACCAGGAUCACGUCCCGACGCCCCUCUUCACGCAGCGCGAGUUCGCUUUUACGCUCUCGAAUGACGCGUACCUUCGCUACCAGUCCUUCAACAACGCCGAUGACAUGAAGAAGCAAGUGCUAGCCAUGAAUCCGACGCGUUUUGAGAUCGGGCCAAUGUAUUCGGCGAAGCCCCGCGACCGCAAACUCCUCCGCCCCGGCAACUUCACCCCCCAGAAACGCGAGCUCGUCUUUGAUAUCGACAUGACGGACUACGACCCCGUCCGCACCUGCUGUUCUGGCGCCGACAUCUGUAGGCGGUGCUGGGGCUUCAUCACCGCCGCUGUCAAGGUUAUUGACGCGGCUAUCCGGGAUCAAUAUGGCUAUGAGCACCUGCUGUGGGUGUACUCCGGUCGUCGCGGUAUCCAUCUGUGGAUCUCGGACCAGGAGGCGAUGGAACUUACGGACGAUCAGCGGAGGGCGAUUGUGAACUGGUUGUCGGUCGUGCCGCCGAGUAGUAAAGGGGAGGGGAAGAAGAUUAAUGUUCGUAUCGGCAACCGACCAGUGCCUGCGUGCAUAAGGGACGCCAUCGACGAGCUGAAGACCAUCUUCUCCGACCUCAUCCUGGAAGACCAGGACUGCUUCGCCUCUGAGGAGGGCUACGAGAUCCUACUCAAACUCAUCCCUGACAGCAGCAUUGUCGCCACCCUCACUGAGCGGUGGCAAGACGACCCGCAUCGGUCCUCGGUCGACAAGUGGGAGGACAUCCGGAAGGAGAUGAAGAAAUAUGAGAGGAAUUCCAGGGAACGGACAAUCAUGACCAACGCCCUCGAGGACAUCGUCCUCCAAUACACCUACCCCCGCCUCGAUACCGAGGUCUCCAAGCACCGCAACCAUCUGCUCAAGGCACCCUUCUGCAUCCACCCGAAGACGGGGCGCGUCUGCGUGCCGGUAAAUCCGGCGGAGAUCGACUCGUUCGACCCGAUGGCGGUGCCGACGGUGCAGCAGCUGUUGCGGGAACUUGAUAGGGCGAGCGGGCAGGAAGGCGUGGGGGCGGGGGAUAAGGCGGGGGAGGAGAAGGAGCAUGACUACGAGAAGACUUCACUUAAGCCGUAUGUUGACAUGCUCGACAAGCAUAACACGAGCAUCAUCAACCAAACACGACGAGGGAGGAAGACUGCGGAGGGUGAGUCUUUCGAUCGUCUCUUCGUCGUCGGCGUCGCUGAAGGUAAAUUAGAUCUGUCCUGGUAA